GCUGCGGGUGCGCGAGCUGCGCGCUCCCGCCGCCCGCGUCGCCAUCUUUUCCCCCUCCGUCUGUCUGUCUGCCGUUGGCUUUGUCCGUCUGCAGCGCCGCCCCACGACUCCCAGUCACCGGCUUGGCCCGGAGCCGCCCUCCGCCCGCCGGGGCCCAGUGCCGGAGAGCCCCGGCCCGGCCGGCCCGAGCUGCGGCCCGGGGCCCAUUGUCCCGCGGUCCGUCUGUCCGGAGGCGGGGCCCAGGGGCCCGGAGCGCCGCGGAACGCCGAGGCUCCGGAUAAAUAUCCCUGGGAUUCAGGCGAGUUUACUUUGCUUCGUGGGAACUGCACCAGAGCUGGAGGUCAGCACCUUGCAAGGAGGUAAUAACGUAUCCAGUCGUGAAACUGGGAAAGACCAGAGCUGUUGGAUCAGGGAAACAUGUCCCGUCGGAAACAGACAAAUCCAAAUAAAGUUCACUGGGAUCAAGUAUUUGCUGGGCUAGAAGAGCAAGCCCGCCAAGCGAUGAUGAAAACUGAUUUUCCUGGAGACCUUGGCAGUCAGCGACAAGCUAUCCAGCAACUAAGAGAUCAGGACUCCAGUAGCAGUGACAGUGAUGCCGAUGAAGAGGAGACCACACAAGAUGAAGUCUCUUCCCACACAUCAGAGGAAGAUGGAGGGGUGAUCAAAGUGGAAAAAGAGUUAGAAAGUGCAGAGCAGCCUGUUGGUGGGAACGAAGUGGUAGAGCAUGAGGUCACAGAGAAUUUGAAUUCUGACCCCUUACUUGGACUCUGCCAGUGUCCGCUCUGCCAGCUUGACUGCGGGAGUCGGGAGCAGCUGAUUGCUCACGUGUACCAGCACACUGCAGCAGUGGUGAGUGCCAAGAGCUACAUGUGUCCUGUCUGCGGCCGGGCCCUUAGCUCCCCUGGGUCAUUGGGGCGUCACCUCCUAAUCCACUCAGAGGACCAGCGUUCUAACUGUGCUGUGUGUGGAGCCCGUUUCACCAGCCAUGCCACAUUUAACAGUGAGAAACUUCCUGAAGUACUUAAUAUGGAAUCUCUACCCCCAGCCCACAGUGAGGGCCCCUCCAGUGCUGAGGGUAAGGACAUUACCUUUAGUCCUCCAGUGUACCCGGCUGGGAUUCUGCUUGUGUGCAACAACUGUGCUGCCUACCGUAAGCUGCUGGAAGCCCAGACCCCCAGUGUACGCAAGUGGGCACUACGUCGACAGAAUGAGCCUUUGGAAGUACGGCUGCAGCGACUAGAACGAGAGCGCACGGCCAAGAAGAGCCGUCGGGACAAUGAGACCCCCGAGGAGCGGGAGGUGAGGCGCAUGAGGGACCGCGAGGCCAAGCGCCUACAGCGCAUGCAAGAAACAGAUGAGCAGCGAGCACGUAGGCUGCAGCGGGAUCGGGAAGCCAUGAGGCUGAAGCGGGCUAACGAAACCCCAGAGAAGCGGCAGGCCCGGCUCAUCCGGGAGCGGGAGGCCAAGCGGCUCAAGAGGAGGCUGGAGAAAAUGGACAUGAUGUUAAGAGCUCAGUUUGGCCAGGACCCUUCUGCCAUGGCAGCCUUAGCAGCUGAAAUGAACUUCUUCCAGCUCCCUGUGAGUGGGGUAGAGUUGGACAGCCAGCUUCUGGGCAAGAUGGCCUUUGAAGAGCAGAACAGCAGCUCUCUGCAUUGAAACACACCCUCCUGCCUGCCC